AUGAUUGAAAACUACACCAUUUACGAAAAUGACACUUCAUCGGAUGCUAAUGGCACUUUGGCUUCUGAGAUCCCUACAGGAAACGUUUACAUUCUGCCAUGGUGGCAACAGACGUUGUGGAGUCUUGCCUUUGGGGGGAUGGUCCUGGUUGCAACUGGUGGCAACGUCAUCGUCAUCUGGAUCGUCCUGGCCCAUAAGAGGAUGAGGACCGUUACCAAUUACUUCUUGGUAAACCUUAGCUUAGCAGAUACCAUGGUGUCCACCCUGAACGUCAUCUUCAGUUUCUCUUCCAUGUUGAAUGGUGACUGGCCUUUCGGCAGUGCCUACUGCAAGAUAUCCAACUUCAUCUCUAUCUUAUCAGUAGCAGCCAGUGUUUUCACGUUGAUGGCCAUCUCCAUUGAUAGAUACAUGGCCAUCAUGCAUCCACUGAAACCCCGAAUGUCCCGAGUAACAACUCUUAACAUCACUCUAUGGAUAUGGGUUGCUAGCAGUAUCUUGUCUCUGCCAUAUAUUCUUUAUUCUACAACCAUGAAAGAAGAGUAUUCAAACGGAGAUUACCGAGUUAUCUGUUACAUGGUUUGGCCAGACGGACCAACCACGCAAAGCUACACUGAAUAUAUCUAUAACGUAGUGAUUCUGGUCCUGGCCUAUAUCAUACCCAUCACAUCAAUGACAUUUACCUAUUUUCGGGUUGGACAGGAGCUCUGGGGUAGUCAAAGUAUCGGAGAGUGUACAGCCACACAGAUGGAAGCCAUCAAAUCAAAGAGAAAGAUCGUAAAGAUGAUGAUCGUUGUGGUGUUUAUCUUUGCCGUGUGUUGGCUUCCUUACCACAUCUAUCCUCUUCUGGCACACCACCACAGAGAAAUCAUCAGCUACAGGAAUGUCCAGCAUAUCUACCUUGGUAUCUAUUGGUUGGCCAUGUCUAACUCAAUGUACAACCCUAUUAUUUACUGUUGGAUGAACAGUAGGUUCCGACAAGGAUUUAAGAAAGUGUUUAUGCUGUGUUUUUGUCGACGACGUGAAGAUGCAAUGAAAUUCUACGAGCAGCGCCACCAAGCAUUUACGCGUUACAGUUGCUCAGAACCAUACGCCGACACUCGCGUCACCUACAACGGUAACGUGAACGUCCCUUUGCACACCGUUACCGAGACGUUUAACAGCAGUGGAGCUUCAAGCAGUCCUUUCCUUCUCUCAAAAUAUGGACACAAAGGACAACGACGUUCCAACGUUUAG